AUGGCUAGCACGUCCGACGCCGAGCUGAGGUCUCGACGCCGUGCAGAUUAUCUCUACUUUUUACCGUACCGCACACGAUGGAGCGACAACGACCAGUACGCGCACGUCAACAACGCCGUCUACUACCUCUUCUUUGACUCCAUCGUCAACGCCUACCUCAUCGAGCACUGCGGCUUGGCCCCGCCCCACUCGGACCUGAUCGGGCUCGUCGUCUCCUCGCACUGCCAGUACUUCCGUCCGCUCUCGUAUCCCCAAGUGCUUGACUUGGCGUUGCGGGUGAACAAGCUUGGCAAGAGCUCAGUCACGUACGAAGUCGGCGUCUUCGAGGAGGGCAAGGAUAAGCCUGCUGCUGUCGGCGGGUACACGCACGUCUUCGUGGACAACAAAUCCCGAAAGCCUGCAGCCUUGGACGAGAAAACGCGGCACGGGUUGCAAAAGUUACUGCGAAACCCAUGCUCUGUCUCCGCAAAGCUAUAG